UUCAGCUCGUAUCCAAAUCUUUCACCAUACUGACAGAGGUGGAGGGUACAGUCCGAAUCAGGGGGAAAGUCCCUCCCUGCCACCGGCCUCUGUAUUGGCUGGACCCGCAUCAGAUGCAGGCGAGCUGUCAGCCAAUCAAUGGAAGCGCAGAUGCAGGCUGCGGAGACGGCUUUACAAACCACGGAGGGGGACAGACAGACCGGGGAGUCUGGAGUCAGAACCGGCUUACUACGAUCUAUUUAUACUUGCAAAAAAAUGGAAAUGGAAAAGAAAAUCCCAGAUUUCUCAGGAAAAUGGAAAAUGAAAAGUUCCGAAAAUUUCGAGGGACUUUUGAAAGAACUGGGUGUGAAUGUGUUCCUGAGGAAGAUCGCAGCGACAGCAGCCUCCAGCCCUGCAGUGGAAAUCACCCAGCAGGAUGAGAGUCUGUCCAUCAAAACAUCCACCAGCGUCCGUACCACCCAUGUCUCCUUCACUGUGGGUCAGUCCUUCAAUGAGACCACAGUGGAUGGACGUCCCUGCACGAGUUUUCCUAAGUGGGAAACAGACAGCAAGAUCAGCUGUGAACAGACUUUACAGAAAGGUGAUGGGCCCAAGACAGCGUGGACCCGAGAGCUGACCAACAAUGGAGAACUGAUACUGACAAUGACUGCAGGGGAUGUUGUCUGCACCAGAGUUUAUGAGAGGGAAUGAGGAAAUGUGUUCAAGACAUGUCAUACAAUACGCCUGUUUUGUGCCUCACGCAUGGUUUUCAUUUACUUGCCUUGUUUUCUCCUUCUUCGUCCUCCUCCUCCCAGCCAGUCAGAUGUUGGUCACAUCUCAAACGGUGCAGUGUGUAGAAAAGGCUUCAGUUUACAUGAAUGUAUGUUGGCACAGUAGUUGCUUGUAUGACAUCAGAGCUGAACUUGCUCUUUAUGUAUCAUAUGAAAAAAUGUCAAACAUUCCUUUACUAAAAGCUGUGUCUAAAUCCUUUUUCAACUUGUUAAUAAACAGUUUUAUAUGAAUUUA